AUGGAGACCAGGGAGGAAAAAUCUGCAUGGCAGAACCUCAUGAAGGAGGCCGUUUUGAGGGAUUCUAACACACAGGAAUCCAACAGGGAAGAAAAACCUCAGACAUCCCCCAUGAGGAGGCGCUCCAAACCCAGUCCAGGGUGCUCUGAAGAAGAAAGAGCCACCCUGAGCCAGGAAGGUGGACGGAGCUUCAGACAGAAUUCAGAGCUGGUGUUCCAUGAGCAGCUUCAUAAUGGGAAGAAGCCCCACAAGUGCUUGCAGUGUGGGAAGAGCUUUAGGCAGAGACAGCAGCUGAUCAGCCACCAACACAUGCACACAGGGGAAUGGCCCUAUGAGUGUGGGGAGUGUGGGAAGGGCUUCAGCUACAGAUCUGCACUUUUGACCCACCAACGCAUCCACACUGGAGAGAAGCCCUACGAGUGUCCCCAGUGUGGGAUUAGGCUUCAGACCAGCUCCAAUCUCCUCCGCCACCAGCGGAUUCACAGCGAGGAGAGGCCCUUCCUCUGCCCUGAGUGUGGGAAGGGCUUCAAGCACAACUCCUCCCUCAUCAUCCACCGGCGCAUCCACACUGGGGAGAGGCCCUAUGAGUGUCCCCAGUGUGGGAAAAGCUUCACCAGCAGCUCUCACUUGACCAGACACCAACAGAGCCACCAGUAA